AUGUCUGAGUACUUUAGAAAGUAUAUCAAGAAGGAGAAUUACCCAAAUCAUUUGUAAUUAUAUAUUUAUCUAUCCUUUGUAGUUCAAAUAUCAAAUACAAGACGUCCUUUAGGAAUUGCAUUUUAGAAGUAUGAUUGUUUGUGAAUCUUCAAUAGGCAUUCAAACGUAGAAAUUGGAAGGAGACAGAUGGUGAUGAUUGGGAUAUCAUGUGGGCUGAGAAGGAGUGGAUACAUGAAGUGAUGGAUCAUAUUCAUCUUCAAUCUCACUAAAAAAUUAAUCAUUUUCGCAAUCACUAUGAAGUAUCAUAGUAUUAAUAAAUAGCUAACUCGAAAAGAUUUGAUGAUCAAAAAUCUGAAAAAAUAAAGAAGAAUGCUGGAGAAGGAAGGCAAAACAGAUGAAGCUAAUUCGUAUCAUAUUCCAUUUAACGACUUAGUUAUAAUUUUUUCCCACUUACAUAUCAUCUACCAAGUGAAUACCCAAUUUUUAAUGAAGAAUUCAAAAAGCAAGGAGAUAACAAAACUGCUUGGAUCAUGAAGCCAGUAUGUUUUUAAAUCAUAUAAUUAAAGAUAGGAAAAUCAUAAGGGAGAGGCAUAUUUUUGUUUAAUAAAAUACAACAAAUUUCUUAAUGGAAAAAUCAAGUUAAAUUUAAUCCAGAAAACCCAUCGGCUGAGUCCUACAUAGUUUAAAGAUAUAUUGCAGACCCUCUCUUGAUUGGAGGGAAAAAGUUUGAUACUCGAAUAUAUUUAUUAUGCACAUCCUAUUCCCCUCUGACAUUAUACUUAUAUAGAACUGGCUUUGCUAGAUUCACUCAUCAUAGAUAUGACAAUGAGGACAUUACCAAUACUUGUAUACAAUUAUAAACUAAGAUUAGAUGUUCAUUUAACUAAUGUGGCAAUCUAGAAGACAUCUGAUAAUUAUGAUGAAAAGUUAGGUGGCAAAUGGGAUCUAUAAAAAUUGAAAUUAUUUUUAAUGACUAAGUAUGGAUAAGACAAGGUUUAAGAAUGUUUCUAUAAUAUCCAAUAAUUAAUGAUUAAAUCCUUGUUGGCAGUAUAAAAAAUCAUUAUUAACGAUAAACACUGUUUUGAACUAUAUGGAUUUGAUAUACUAUUUGAUUCCUCUUUGAAACCAUGGCUAUUGGAAGUAAAUGCAAGGUUAAUGUUAUUUAAUUUAAUAAAGUCCCUCUAUGACUUCUAAUACACCUAUUGAUUUCGAAUUAAAGUGUGGAUUACUUGAUGAUGUUUUCACAAUCAUUGAUCUCGAAAAGAUACUAACUGGCAAUGAAGAAUAAAUAGGGGGUUUUGAUUUAAUUUACAAGGGAGGCCCAAUCAAAUCAUAAUAUUACUCCUCAUCAUUCUCUUUCUUAGGGACAUUUAAUAAUAGGAAAAUACACUUAAAGAAAUUAGCCAAAACUUGUGGUAUUUUAAUUCUUUAAUAUUUAGCUCUAAGGUUAAACCAAACUACUCCAUAAUUAAAGAGUUCAGAAGGUACAAAGAAAGAUAAGGAUAAAGAUAAAGAUGAUAAACAAAUGAGGAGUGCUUCAAAAAGUUCUUAAAUCAAUUAAGUAUUAUUCUAUCCAUCUCUAUCUUAGAAUUCAAACAUAUAGAGUAAAAUAGUUGCUCAACCAAGAGGUAUUACAAAUAUCAAACGAACUUCAACUGACUUACCAAUCUUAAUGAAUAAGUAGAAUUCGAUACGCAAAGAGGGACACCUUAAUAGUUAACAAAAAUAAACUAUCUCCAUAUAAUAAAAGACAGAAUUAGAGUUCAACUAAAAUAAAGUGUAUCUAUUAUUAUACAACAAUUUAGAUUCUCUUAAUUAAAUAAUUCUGCUCUCAGUCCUUAUUAAUAAGAUGAAAGUGUAACUAACAACAAUAGAGUUAUAAAGAAUAGUUUUUAAACUUUGCCCAAGAUUGCUAAACCAGAAUCCUUUAUAUAAAAUGCAUGA